UUCCAUAGCAGCCAAAACCACUGCACCUUAUGCUUGGAAGGCCUCAAGUGCUCCCAGACCUGCUCAAUUUUAUAUCUAGGCAUCACUGGACUAACUACCAAGAUGCUUAUCACUUUGUCUUUAAUCUUCAUCAUCUUAUGCCGGUUCCAUGAUCCGGCAGAACCCUUAAACGUCCAAACAUCCCUCUACUUAAGUCGAAAUUCUUUUAACCAUGCCACCCACAGUGAUGCAUGCUAUAAAUACAUCAUCCAGAGGUUCUAGUUCCAUGACACCAAGUCCCUAACACCAAAUGGUCCUUCAACCUUAAGGUAGGCAAGCUACGACCAAGCCACCACUACUUUCAGCCUUGUCCCAUUAUGGACUCCGAUCCCCACAAAAAGUCACUACAUCUUCUUCAACCUCACUUAUCACUAUUUUUUGGAGAACAAAAACCGAAAGCCAGAACUGGUGUUAUGCUAUAGACAACAGAAGAUCAGUUCAAGCCUCCCUGCAUAACUCAAAUCCUUUACCUUCCAUCCGGAUAUACUGGUCAUAAUCUUAUCAAGUAAUGGUUUACACGCCUUGACUGACAACUUACCAGCAAUCAAAGACACUCCCAAGCACCAAACUAGCAACUUCCCCGGUUUAUACCCAUCUCUUCUGCCAUUAUAGUUUGAAGCUAUGUUGGCAAAUCUCCACAAAAAUUUCACAUUUCCCCGGAUUUGUCUUCAUCCCAGACAACAAAUAGAAUUCAACCAACACCUUUUGCACAUAUUGCACUCCAUAAUUCGAUCCAUAAGUGAAAAUUAGGGGUUAUAGCUAAAAUAUGCCCCUCUACUAUGACGAUUUAUCCAACAUGCCCCUCAAAUUUUUUUUACAUCAAAUAUGCCUCUGUAGUUUGAAAAAAUUAUCAAACAUGCCCUUCUGUUAAAAUUUCCAUCCAAAAAUCGUUAACCAAGGCCGAACUUUGGUUUGGGUGACACAAAUGUCUAAAAUAUCCCUAAUAAUUUCACUUUAGAAUUUUUUUUUUGGUUCUUUUGUAUAGCCAAAUAAUUCAAAUAAUAUCAUUUUGAAGAGACCCAGAGAAAUAAAACGGGAGACAAAACUGACAUUUUCACUCCCAUUUGCAGAUGUCGGGUCGUCUAAAUUUCGGUUCAACCAUGAUUGACGAUCUUUUCAAUUGAAAGUUUAACAUAAGGACAUGUUUGAUAAUUUUUUUGAAGUAUAGGGGCAUGUUUGAUGUAAAAAAUAGUAGAGAGGCAUGUUUGAUAAAACAUCAUAAUAGAGGGGCAUAUUAUACCUAUAACCCAAAAUUAGGAGAUCGUUAGCGAAACAUAGAUGAGUAAGAUGAAUCCUCUUACACAUAGGUUGAUACGGUAGAGAGUUCCUUUGCGUUGCUACAUCAAGAAGGUGAGAUAAGACUUCCAUUAAGAUGGCGAAUAAGUAUCGGGACAGCCCCCCCCCCCUUCUAAGCCCCUUCUUGCUUGGGAAGUAUCCCACCAACCCACCAUUCAAACUCACACUAAACAUGUGAGUGGACCUACACAACCAGUUUAUAAAGACAUGGGGAAAGUUCAUUGCAACUAAUAUUUUAAAAAGAAAUCCCCAAUCAACCUAGUUGAAUGACUUCAUGAGAUCGAGCUUCAACGUACUUCUCUGUGAUAUAUUCUUCCUAUUAUAGUUAUGAACUAACUCAUGGGCCAGCAAGAUAGUCUCUCCAAGUAAACGACCCGCGGUUUGAUUCUUACUUAUUACAUAAGGUAAACAGGAACUUAAUUGAUAUGCUAGUAUUUUGGCAAUUCACUUAUAAAUAGUCGAACAACAGGAGAUAGGUCUAUAAAAUAGUCCUUCAGAUUUAUGCUCCUCCACCUCGAUCUCAUCAUGCCAAUCACUAAAUUCUGCCAUAGGACUAGAAAAAUCAGGACUAUUUAAAGCCUCAUGAGGACCUCUUUGAUAUGAGCUGGGUUCAAGAGAUUCAAACUCGCUCAACAAUCGAAAUACGCAACACUCCAAUUUUGGGGUUUUCUAGGAGUUUCUUAAAGAACACGAAAAGUAAACACAGAACCGGUCAAAUAUCUCGAACCUGUGGGAAGGGUCAAUCGGUAUAGUCUAUGCUCUCCACGACCAGAUGUGAUUUUCUGAUUGAUAAGAGACACGUACGAUCCUCCAGAAUCCUCAACGGAGAGUUUGCACAGACGUUAAAUACUUGAACUAAAAAAACCUUUCGAUUUCUUUCAUGAAUAAAAUUUGGUUGAAUGUCUCAUACGGAAGAACUCAAAUCCUUUUAUAGUAGGAGAAAAAUAAACCUAAAAACCUGUACAAAACGACAUUUAACAAAAAUUAACCUGAAUCCAAACGUAAAACAGAAAAACAGCCGCCAACACACGUCUUCCCAAUCCCCGAUCAGUCUCCCUCUGAUCCUCAAUCAGGGGUGUUUCUGCUCGUGGCCAUGGGCUCUUCUAGAUGAGAUCCUCGGUCGUGAAAGUGAAUCCCCGGUCGAGGAUUGUGAUUCCUCCAUGAAAUAUUCCCUAGCCAGCCUAAUACCUCCCCACGAGCCUUCGUCUUCGGUCAACGCGAGGUAUACAUCGUGGUAAUGGCUUGCUCCUCAAACAAGCGGGAAAAUGAGUAAAAAUGUUAAGCGUAAAAGUGUAAGUUUUUGUGUAUACUCUAAUUAAUCUUCAACAAAUUAUCUGUCCCAUUUAAAAAAUUCACUACUCAUGUAGAUAAACUAAUUUGAAUUCUUUUAAUAGUUGAUCAAACGUACAAAUAAACCAACAAUUCAAUAAGGAAAUAAUGAGGUUUCUUCGUUCAUAGAAAAAUACAACCAAUUAACAACUACACCUCAUUAUGGGCUGUUUUGUUUCAAUUUAGAUGUCAAAUUAAACUGGAUUACUGAGAAUUCUUUAUUAUGAGGUUCUUCAUCCAUUGAAUGUGAGGAAUCAGAUUAUUAGUAAAUAUUAAUCACUUAAGUAGCACAUCAAACAAUAAAGUAAUCACUUGAUGAAGUUAUGGUGUAACAUCGGAGUCCCUCUUGAACAUGUCAUAUGUCAUGCUUACAUCAAGCUGAUGACAUUCCAAUAUUUGGAAAAAUAUCUGGCACUUCAUCCAUAGAACCUCACAUUCAUGGCCAAAUAUCUGGCACUUGAUCUAACCAUUUGGAUCAUCUUUAUGAUGUCUGAUUCGUCGCGAAAUAUUGCUGGUCAGUCAGGGUGCGACCUUGUUUUUUGGCAGCUGCGCAGUUCGUGCCGGGGAGGAUUCUAGAAAAACCAACCGUUGGAUUGUCCUCAAACUUUAUGGACUGGUUCAAGACUUGUUUCGGUUAGAUUUGACCAUAGGGAUCAAUGAUCUGAGCACUGGUUUGACGAGAGACAUUGAUAGAGAGGGUGAAAAAUUGGUUGAAACUCCUUCAACUAGAAACGUAUAAAAUCGUAUCAGAAACGCAUUGUUGAUAGUUUUUUUUAACCGUUUUCGCAUUUUUAUAGUGUUUCUUACGUUUUAUCCCGCGUUUGUGAAGAUGAAACUGAGAGGGGCAGCUGUAAAGCCCUUACCAUGGUACUUCCUAAGUGGUUGGUUGAGAUAGACCCAACAUAUGAAGGAGAUGCUGAGGUUGCUGGCUUAAUAGCUGCAGCUGCAGUGAAUUCUCAAGGUCCCUCUCUGUGGUCUUUAUCCUUUGGAAUCCUUCGCUAUAAGUGAGCAUUUGUCGUGGGAAGUAUUGGUCAUAUGCGCUCUAAGCUCUUUCACUUGUUUCAUUCCUCCCCUGUUGGGGGGAUAUUCAGGUGCACAAGUAACUUCCCAUCGCCUUAAGGCUCACUUCUAUUGCGCGUGGAAUGAAGUCUGCUGUGAUGAAUUGGGUUGUUGCCUGUGAUGUUUGCCAGCGUUGCAAAACAGAAACAUUUGCUUCACUGGGAUUACUGCAACCUCUCCAUAUUCCUAUUCGUGCUUGGCAUGAUAUUAACAUGGAUUUUGUGGAAGGACUACCUACCUCUCAUGGCAAGCAGGUUCUUCUGAUAGUGGUGGAUCGGUUUACUAAAGCAGCUCAUUUUUCGGUCUUAAACAUCCUUAUACAGCAUCUGAGGUGGCCCAAAUCUUCUUCGAUGGAUUUUUAAAAUACCAUGGUAUGCCCUCCGCCAUCGUUUGUGACAGAGAUGCGACAUUCAUCAGCCAUUUUUGGAUAGAGUUCUCAAGGCUAUACAACAUACUGACCUCCACUAUUCCAUUGCCUACCAUCCACAGACAGAUGGCCAAACUGACAGGGUUAAUCGCUGCUUGGAAGACUACUUACGUUGUAUGACUUUUCACAGACCUAGGGGCUGGAUGGAAUGGCUUACCUUGGCAGAAUGGUGUUAAAAUACUCACUAUCACCUUAGCCAGCAGAUGUCACCCUUUGAGGCUCUAUAUGGGUUCCCUCCAACUCUUUUUGUUUUGGCUCCUAAUUCAUCCACUUCAGUGGGGGCUGUGGAGAAGCGGAAAUUGAAGCAUUAUCAGCUAGUCCAAUUCCUAACUCACAACAUCACGAGGCCGCAGAACUGACAGAAACAGUAUGAUGUAUGCCGAUCGUCGACGUUCUGAAAGGGUAUUGCAGGUGCAUGCAUGACUGGGUUUACAUUUGUCCACAGCCUUAUCGCCAGGGUUCAGUUGUGGUGCGCCAUGGAAAUAAGUUGGAAGCUCGAUCGUUACUUUGGCCCAUAUCAAGUUCUGGACAAGAUUCGUGUCGUGGCAUACAAGCUGGCAUUACCACCAAGUUCCAAGAUACACCUAGUGUUCUAUGUUUCUCAGUUGAAGCUUUGCAAAUCAACUAUGCCUCCUGUUGCAUUGCAACCUCCGGAACAAGAUACCAAUGGAUUCUUAAAGCUUGCUCCAACUCACAUCUUAGCCAAAAGGUUUGUCAAUCACGACAACCGAGCUCUGACACAGGUCCUAGUGUAGUGGACACACCAGCAUCCUAAGGAGGCUACAUAGGAUAGGGGUGGGCAACGGGACGGGACAGGAUACCCCUCCCGUUUGAAACGGGUACCCAAUCCCAUUUGGAGAGCAAUGUUCAUCCCAUGUCCUGCUAUAACAAUUAACUUGGUUUCUGAGUAGUUUUUAUGGUGGUUAACUAGUCAUUUCUCAAUGCAUUCAAAUUUUUUGGUUUGGUUAUGAAUGAGGUUUGGCCGUUUGGGAAAUUGAAUGGCGCAACAAUAGGCAAGCUAGGGGAUUGGACUGGGCUUGCAUAUUUGGAUUAAUGGGUUUAACGGGUAACCCGCGGGUACCCAAAGUAGUGAUUUUUUAUCCAAAGUCCCAUCCCGUUAAAAAAAUUACGGGUAUUUGGGUACCCGUAACCCUAAAAAAACGGGAGGGGUACGGCUAUACCCAAAUACCUGUUUCCCGUUGUCCACCCCUAACAUGGGAGGACUUGCACAUUUUCAAGAGGCAAUUUCCCGCCUUUCCAGCUUAGUUUCAGUUUGAGGACAAGUUGUGUUUGAAGGAGAAGGGUUUGUAACAACCUGUGACAGCUGGCUAGUGAUGACGUGUAAAGUAGGCACCAAAGUAUAAAUAGAGAAAGACGGUGAGACUAUUGGUCAUGUCUUAAAAUAAGCUCAAUUGUAACUACUUUACUUGUAUCCUCUUCUACCAUCUCUUCAAUAUAGCUCGCCAGAUUUAUCUCAAACGAGCCUUACAAAUGCCCUUCACUGCACCAGAACAAUUUUGUGUCCGCGGUGCUACAAGGAUCGUCUCCCACCAAGCUUACACCAUAGUGACGACUUGAUCUCUUUCAACGCUUCACUGCACCAAAGGGACACCAAAACAAGAAACUCAGUAGCAAAAGUAGUUUUUCGGUGCCGGCGGGGACAGAGGUUAGAUAUGGAAGUUAGCAUCGCGUUUGAGAGUGGGACGGACACCAACUAGGAUUACUAUAAUACUCUUAUUAUUAUUGCUGGUAGAGUGCCAAGUGCUAACUAUCCGAUCCCGUACAAAAAAUAUUAUUUGAAUUUGGAUAAAAUGUAAAAUUUUGU